AUUUAUAGAAACAGUCGUGUUUCUGACAGCCUGUCGAACAGGACUGCGGCCGAAGGAGGUUCAGGUGACAGCUCCCCUCCAUAAACCCCGCCAUGAGCGACAGAACGGAGGAAGAAUCGAUUGUUAUAAUGGAGACCUCGUCAUUCUCCCAGGUAGUUUUUAACGAUGUUCCUCCGUCAUACCCGCCGAACACUGCCGUGACCUGCCGGUUCACGACCGGAGACCUGCAGCCCAAUCCGAGGGACUGGAUCGGUAUCUACAAGGUUGGUUGGAAUUCAGCACAACAAUAUUAUAACUAUGUUUGGGUGGAAGCCCCUCACCUGGACCAAGCUAAACCUGAACAAGUGAUUUUCAAAGAGAGCUACCUGCCCAAGGAUGAUGGGGAGUUUUACCAGUUCUGCUAUGUUGACAGCAGUGGGCAUGUCAAAGGAGCCAGCACUCCAUUCUGCUUUCAAAACCAAGAAACAAGUCUGGACUGCAGUCUGGAAAAGGACCUGCUGGUUAUAACAACGCAGGAACAGACAGAGAUAAUGGAGAAAGAGAAAGAAGACUUCCUGAAAGAGAUUGAGUCCUUGAAAGAAACAAAUACAAUCCUGAGAAAUGAGUUGGAUGAAAGACUGCAUGAGAUGAGCCGACUCAGGAGCACCUUGGAGGAUUUGAAGUCAAAGGAUAAACCUGAAACACCACUGCCAGAUGAACAGAGUUAUAAUGCCAUAGAGGAGUCACUGACUCCUCUUCAAGAAAAGUAUGAGAAAGCUGUUCAAAAGAUCUUUGUGCUGAAGCAAGAGAGAACUGAGUUACAGCAACAGAUUGAACUCCAGGACACUGAAAUCCUUCGACUGAGUACCUUGUUGAAAGAAAUGGAACAAAAUUACAGCAAAGUACAGGACCAGGCCAAGCUGUUACAGCUGGACGUGCAAAGCAGCAGAAAAGACAAUGAGAAGCUGCAGAUGGAAAUCCAGGAGCUCAGGAAAGACUGCAGGGCUGAAAACAAAGCGCUACAAACAUCCAUGUUAGAGCAAAGAGCCCAAGAAAACGACAAAGUACAGAUCCAGGCCCUGCUCACUCAGCUGACCGAGGCCAGAGGGCUGCUCCGAACAGAAGUUCAGACCUGUAAAGAAGCCUGCAGACGUGCAGAAGGAGCAGAGCAGGAACUGAGGGAACUGAAGAAGAAGCAGGAGGAGAUGAGCCAGAAACAGGCUGAGGACGAGGAAACCAGUCAAAUCCAGACCCAACUUCAGCAGGCGCAAAACAAAGUCUACGAAUUGGCAGAGACAUCGAGAUUGGAGCGAGAGGAGCUCGUGGAAAAGAAUGAGGAGUUGCAGGAUGAAGUAAAUAAGCUUCGUCGGGCAUUAUUCGACUACCAGGUUGCAUCUGUUGCUGCAAUGUCUGAUCAGAUUUCUAGUCCUCAACCUCAAAGCCCACCGGCCUCCACUGAAUACACAUCUACAGACCCUCAUUACUACGAGGAAAUUGAUGAACUGACAGCAAAUCCUGCACAGACAGACAAACAGGCUAGGGUGUGCCAGCACUGUCGGGAGAGUUUUCCUGGGAUCAGCGAGGAUGAACUGGCACAACACGAACAGUGUCACAAAGUGUGCCCGUUCUGCACUCUGAUCUGUGAUGACUGGCAACAGCAGGAGUUUGAAGAUCAUGUCUACAGUCAUGCGGAUUAGCUUACUCUGUUUCUGACAUUAGGGGUGUGCGAUGUUCAUUGGUCUGAUGUUAUUUAGGAGAUUAUUCACUUUAUAACAAACGAAGUUACAUUUUGAGAGUCUAAAAGCAUUCGCUGAUGCAUUUUAUUAGAUUGCAACUAGAAUGAGCAUCCUUUUUGAAAACAAAAGAUAUCCAGGUUUAAGUUUCUUUUUAAUUCAUAUCACUUUUCAAAUAAUGUCACAAAAGCAAGAGUGAAAAUACUGAUGAUGAGACGCAGUAAAAACAAACAAACAGCCGUUUUCAAGAGGGUUGCCAGGAUUUCACAACAAAUCUAUCCCAUAACUAGCUCCAUGAUUAAAAAAAAAAAA